UUUUUCUUCCUUUCCUCCUCACUCAGAAACGCACACACACGCUCUCACACAGACCACGCUCAAGUGGAGGCGCCCUCUCUCCCUCGGAAAUUCCGCCACCGCGAACGCUCCUCCUCCGGCGAGAAACCGACGACCGGUCCUCUCCCUCUACCUACACAAACACACGCACCCAGCGGCUGCGCCGCCCAGCCCUCUCUCCUUCACGCAGCAGGCGCAACCGCCGCGGAGCGCCGCUGUCUCCGGCGUCCUCGCAGCAGAUCCGCCGUCGCCUCCCUCGGUUUCUCUCUCGGCGACAACAGCCCAUGGCUGCCGCCGUCCUGAUCCCGACAAGACUCAUCCCAGCCAGACCAGACCACCUCUCUCUCUCUCCGGCCGUGGCCGGGCAGCAGCGGCACCGCCGCCGUGCCCUGCCUCCCUCCGCUGAAGCCCAACCUCCCAUCUCUUUCUUCUCUUCUUCCCCUAGCUGCGCCCCCAACAUCUCUCUAUUUCCCUCUCAACAAUCAAACACACGCGCACGGACAUGGCGUAAGCCACGCCGCCACCGGAUACAGGACAGCAAACGCCCCACCGCGGUGCGCCGCCGCCUGCUCCUUCUUUUCCGACAAACAGCCGAAGCUACCUCCGUCUCCGCCCCGCCCGAAAUCGAUCGGAAACGACGACAGGUUCACCGCCGCCGCUCCGUUGCCGACGAUGAGCCACCGAGGCUGUCAUUUCCCGACCUCGACUCAUUUAAAUGGAGAUGCUUUACCCAAUAUGAAUCUGGGUUUGUGUGGUCCGAAAAUGUGCAGCUGUUUAAGGCUCUGAAAUUCCAGUUCAUGAAUUGA